CGACAUCAGUUUUGCGAAACAGCCUCGAAGAUGAAGAUUCCAUCGGUACUCGUAGUGUCCCUGCUGGUUUGGGGCUUGGCCAGCUCAGACAAAUCGGAAGACGUCGAAGCAUCGGCAUCGAUAUCAGCGACAGAAUCGGCAUCGAUAUCAGCGACAGAAUCGGCAUCGAUAUCAGCGACAGAAUCGGCAUCGGCAUCAGAAUCAGCAUCGGCAUCGAUAUCAGUGUCAGGAUCGGCAUCGGCAUCAGAAUCGGCAUCAGAAUCGGCAUCGGCAUCGGCAUCGGCAUCAGAAUCGGCAUCGGCAUCGAUAUCAGCGUCAGGAUCGGCAUCGGCAUCAGAAUCGGCAUCGGCGUCGGCAUCGGCAUCAGAAUCGGCAUCGGCAUCGGCAUCGGCAUCAGAAUCGGCAUCGGCAUCGGCAUCGGCAUCAGAAUCGGCAUCGGCAUCGGCAUCGGCAUCGGCAUCAGAAUCGGCAUCGGCAUCGGCAUCAGAAUCGGCAUCGGCAUCGGCAUCAGCGUCAGGAUCGUCGAACGGGGUGCCGACGCCUGGAAAGGAAUUAGGAACUGGAGCGGCGGAAGUGGCGGCGGCUUCCAGUGAAGCUAUCGCGACGGCUCUUGGCGCUGGACAGGCUGCAGCAGAGGCACAGAUUGCAGCUGCUGCGCAAUCGAAGUCGGCGGCAGCCGCUGCCGCGAGUGCAAGCGAGAUCACAAACGCUGCUGCCUCAGCGGUUGCUGCAGCAGCUGCGGCGGAAGCGAGAGCAGCCGCCGCCGCGGUCUCCGCGGCGAAGCUGAGCUUGGAGGCUGCAGUAUCAGCCGAGGAAGCCGAGUCAGCCGUGGCCGCUGCCAGGGCCGCCGCUGGAAAGGCGGAAGUGCUCGCUAGAAACGCCGCUGCUGCGAACGCUCGCGCCGCCCUACAGUCCGAGAGAUCGAACCAGCUGGCUCAAGCAGAGGCUGCAGCCGCUGCCGAGGCGGAGGCAGUCGCCGCCGGUGCAGCCACCGCAGCCCAACUCGCCGUGAAGCUCUCCGAAGCAGCGUCGCAAGCGGAAGCAGAGGCAGCGGCCGCCGCAGUCGCGGCUGCAAAGGCAAGGGCAGCAGCGGCGACGGCCGUUGCUCGCGCGGCUUCGGUGAAUGCCGUCGCUGAAGCGGAAGAAGAAGCUUCGGCGCAAGUGGUGAACGCAGCUGGCGUGGCGCAGGCGCAAGCUUCCGCUGCAGCGGAAGCGCAGGCAGCCGCAGCGGCCGCUGCUGCGAGUUUGGAGGCUGCUGCCGAGGCCAACGCAUCGGCUGGAGAGAUUCAAUUAUCUGCGCAAAAAUCUAGCUAGAGGUCGCAGUAUGGGAACGCACUUUCGCAGAACAGGUUCAAUAUCCGCAGAGCAGAGCAUAUUUCGGAAUGGAGCUGAAGGAGAGCAGACGAUGAAGGAGACACUGUCUUAGUAAACACGAAA